UUUCCACAUUUGCUCACCCGGGCUGCAGACCAGGCAAGCCCAGCCGCGGCCCAGGCGCAGCCACCACCGUUGGGAACAUGGGGCGCAAGCCGGGCCCUGGGGCGCAAGAGCGAGUGGACGAGGAGGCGCGGACCUGCUGUGGCUGCCGCUUCCCGCUGCUGCUGGCGCUGCUGCAGCUGGCUCUGGGCAUAGCGGUGACCGUGCUGGGCUUCCUCAUGGCGAGCAUCAGCCCCUCCCUGCUAGUCAGAGACACUCCGUUCUGGGCUGGCAUCAUUGUCUGCGUGGUGGCCUACCUUGGACUGUUCAUGCUUUGUGUCUCCUACCAGGUUGAUGAGAGGACGUGCGUCCAGUUUUCUAUGAAGGUGCUCUACUUCCUCCUGAGUGCCCUGGGCCUGACGGUCUGCAUGCUGGCGGUGGCAUUUGCUGCACACCACUAUUCCCUGCUCGAGCAGUUUACCUGUGAGACCUCCCUGGAUGCUUGCCUGUGCAAACUGCCCUCCUCAGAGCCCCUCAGCAGGACCUUUGUCUACAGGGAUGUGGCUGACUGUACCAGCGUCACCGACACUUUCAAAUUGUUCCUAAUCGUGCAGAUGGUUCUGAACCCGGUCUGUGGUCUUGUGUGCUUGCUGGCUUGCUUUGUGAUGUGGAAACACAGGUACCAGGUCUUUUAUGUGGGUGUCGGGCUACGCUCCCUGAUGGCUUCUGAUGCCCAACAACAAAAGGCCUAACAGCUUGGCUUGGGGGUAGAGGCAGAAACAGAACCCCCAGGAGCCAAGGUGGAAACCACAAUUUUUUAAAGGCAAACUUUUGAUAACAAAUGCUUAUUCAUUCUCUGAGUAUUUUUAGAUUUUUUUCAGAAAACAAAAUAACUUUUUUUUAGAUCUCUUAUUGUACAUUAAAAAAAAAAAUUCUUGUGAGGACGGGGUGGAGAGAUGGCACACAAGUUCUCUUGCAGAGGAACCUCGUUCAAGUUAUUUCAGAACCCAAGUUGGGUACAUCAUAGCUACCUGUAUUUCCAGUUCCAGGGGCAUUGGGUGUCCCACACAUACACACACAUACAUAAUUUUUUUAAAAAAAUAAGACUUAUUUUUUAAGUUUUUUUAAAAUGAGAAUCAAGAUUCAAAUUGGUUUGAUAAACACUAAAAGGAAAAGGAAUAACGAACAAGGAAUGAAUGACCUCAGUCUCUUGCUACAUGCCGGUGCUUCCUGCUAACACCCUUUUAUCCAUGACUUACCUCCUUUCCUGUCGCUCCAGUGUGAUGGUGUGGACUGGUAUCUAAGGCUGCGUCCUAGACGCUAGACCCUUCUAGUUCCUUCUACCAACUGUCAUUAUCUACGUGAUGUCUCAAAGAAGGGUGGAGGUCUGGGGAAAGAUGAAUCUCUGUACUGAAUGCUUUUAUUUUUCACAGUAGAGAUGUCUUUAAGGAAUGAAAUAGCUUUUUUUUCCUUUUUUCUGUUUUUUUAAAAACGCCUAGUAGAACAGGAAGGCUGAGAAAUUAAUUAUAAACACCUGGGCUGGGGUGCAGCCUUCUAGCUGCCUUAACUCUGCUCCUGAGUGGGCUGCAACCUCCCUCCGUGACUGUCCACUUCCCAUAAUUGAAAGGUGGUGCCAUUGCAUUCUUAGCGAUGUAGAAAGCUUGAAAAUAAUUAUAUUAUGCUUCUAGUCCAGCAUCUAAAACAAAUCAUUAAGACUAAUUUCCAGCUAAUUGUUCAUUACAAUUAUGCUCAGAAGUCUGUUUAAUGAGCUCUGGCUGUACUUAGGCAGCACUGUUGGUGUUAAGAAAAAUUAUAGCCACCAGGGAAGAUGUCUGAAGAUCCACUUUCCUGGAAGCCAACCACUGCAAAAAAGAACUUGUAGAACACUAAUACUCAGGUUUAAAACUCUCUUGGAGGAAAAAACAAACAAACAAACACAAGAAACAAGAGCUUCCAUCAGAGGAAACACCUGCACUAUGAACACACUAGUGUGAUAUGUUGAAAAGCAUCUCCCUUGACAACCAAGAACCUUUGGUGGUGACUUGGUACCCUGGUGAGUUCUGUCAUGAACUUGGACUUUCUAUAAAUCCCAUUAAUGAUGACUUUUAUGGCCUACCUAGAGACAAAUAUCUCAAUGUCAUUAUUUGGGGGAUAUGUCUACGGUUAGAGGGCUGAUUUAGUUUUGUUAUUGGUUUAGACUUAAGACAGGUACCUCUUUAGGAUGGCCUCUGCUGUGUUACUGUUAUUAGCGAACUCAGAAGAACAUUUGGGCAUCAAACAAAGUGUUCACCUGAGAAAUCCACACCAUGAAAACACUACUACAAAUGUCUCUCUUAAUUUGUGUUUUUAAAAGCAGAAGUUCCAGGUCACAGUUGAGCCAAGUUUGCUCUCCACCCUGCCUGUCCAGUUACUCUCCUGGUCACAACAUUUGCCUUAAGGGGACAUGUAUUCUCCUUUGCCUUUGAGAGUCAGUGGAGAGUUCCAUGAUGGGGACAAUGGAGUCAGUUCUGUGUGACACACACAUCCCAAUUGCAGGAAUGUGUUAGGCUAGCCACCUGGAAGACUGCCAUUGUGGUUUCCUCCAGGCAAAGCUCCUUAUGUUCUGACUUUAAGCCUGCCUCUCUUGCCUGCUAUCUCAGGUCAGGAAUGCUCCUCAGAGAGAAUAGUGGGUAAAAUUCCACCAGAGGUCUGAUCUCAACUUUUCGUGAGCACAGCAAUAGGCCUCUAGAUACUGACCUGAAAAACCUUCCAUACUUGUUAAGAAUAAUCACCUCUAGGCUGGGGAGAUAGCUCAGUGAGCAAAGUGAGCCCCAGUAAGAACUUGAUUCUUAGAACCCAGAAAAAAAGGCAAGGCAUGGUGACAUGUGCUUACAAUCCUGGCACUAAGGAAGCAGAGACAGGCAGGUGCCUGGGACUCCUGGAUCAGACAGCUUUAAUUUAAUGAUCAAAUUCUGGGUCCCUGGUAAGAGAGUUUGUCUCAAGAAAUGGAAACAAAAUAUAAACCAAAGUGGGCAGCUGACCUCUGGCCUACACACACACACACACACACACACAGUUGCACCUGCACACAUAUAAAGAAUAACCAAAUUCACAUCGACUUGUGGUAGUUUUCUAUAGAAAUAGUAAAAUGGUUGGGAAUCUGUGAUGUAACAAGCUGUCCUUUCAAAGUGAGGCUGCUUUCAUGCCUGUUGCUGUGCAUUGCGUACUGUUAGAGACACACAGAACACUUUCGCAGCUUUGACCAGCAAAGUCAACAGGUUUUUUUUUUUUCCUUUUUAUGAGAAAAUUAAUAUCCCUACACAUUUAGGUUGCUCUAUGCUUUACAAACGACUCACAGAGUAUUUUAAAGGGUAAAAUAAUUUUAGCCUGCAGGUUUCUUGUUUUCUAACACAAUCAAGAGUAGGUACUGUUUAAGCUUAUAAUAUUUUGUCUGCAUAGAAUGGGAAUUUUACUAUUAUAUGAUCGAAUUCUUCUUAACUCCCCAAAAGAAGGGGGAAGGUUGUAAGUUCAUAGAAGGAGCAAAGCCAAAUGUAAGGAUCCCUUUGCUAAAACUCUCUGUAUAGUGGCGUGUGUAAGAAUUGUAUUGCAUGAAUAACAAAUGGCUUUGGGUUGGAUUUGAAGUAUUUUGACAUUAUGUUUUGCAAAUAUUGAAGCUGCAGUAAGGCAACAGAGAAGGAGCCGGCACACAGCUUCUCACUUAGCAAAAUGUUACACUUCCAAUCUGUCGAGGAGCCAGGGUGGUGACUGUGCCUUCCAAACCCUAAAACAGCAAGGUUUGCACAGCUCCCCUCCCCAAAGCCUACUUCAGGAGAAUUAAAUGAAUCAAGAUUUUGCAAAGAUGAGAAAUGGCCAGAACUUGGCAGUACUUGGAAUAGGAAUACAACAGCCCGAAUGUACAGACUGUAACCGAGCCCACUCAACGGGUCUGUGCCUUCGCGUGAUCAUCAUCUGUGGCUCCCAAGCUCUGUCCAAAGUGGUGUAGGCAGCACCUUGGAGCCAUGCCUAAACCAUAGCUACUCCCAAGCCCUAGAAACUGUAGUCAAGUAGCAGGCCUCGUGUGUCUCCUUCCUUAGAUUGAGGGCUUAAAUGUUCCCUUCUGAGCGCCUUGCAGUGUGUUCCCACAGUGAAGGUCCAGCCCGUGUGUGCUUUCUCUCCACGUUCAACACGAUCUCCUGAUGCUCUUUUGCUUACUUCUAUGUGCAGUAUGUGAUACGCUUGUGAGACUCUAGUAGAGACUGGAUAAAAUCUGUCUGGGGUGUUAGGGGGCAACUGUGAAACAGUUACUAAACGGCCAUCAGAAAUGAACGUGAAAGCUGUCUGUCACUUACAAACAUGAACUGUGUCCUAUUUCCUGGCGACCAUCUCUGAAUUCUUGCUGCCUGGUCACAUUUGUAUAAAUAUGCCACUAGAUUUUUCUCUAGUUUAAAAGCCCACAAUGUGCUUUAGCAGAGCAGUGUAAGUUCUGUCUGUCUGGUGGCCAAAUCCUUAGUGGUCAAACCACUGAAAUGAGUUCACGUCUUUUAUUUUCUUAUCUUGAAGGAGCACUGUCCCUUCAGAGCUGCUGGUCUGGGUCUUGGUGCUGCCGGUUUCCUUGCCUGGCCUUGAUCAAAUCAAAAGAUGAAGCGUUUCUAUACAUUUGAGGUGGUUGUUUUUAAAGGGGGGGGGGUUCGUGUGUUUCCUUUAUUAAUAAACUUUGCAUAAUCCACAA